CACAUUUGAAGGAAACUGCUGGGUGUUUCCUCAAGGCUAAUCUUGCCAAGGUGAUGGGCACUGAAGGAUGGGCGGAGGCAGUGCGAAACAAUGCUGAAGAAUUCGUGGAACUCAGUCACUUGCUUGCAACAACCAGGUUGCGCUGCGGCCCGAUGGUACGAUUGGUUAGAAUGUGAUCUAGACAUCAGACGACAUCCGACCGGAAUGGAGGAGGGGGUAUCUCCUGAACUGUCUUGCUUCUGGCACCAGAUAUUGCAGGAGUGCUUCUCAGAAGGAAAUGGACAGGCAGCUGCUUGAGGCGGCUGAAUCCAGAAGCAGUUUGAAGCAUCUCCUAGCCACAGGGGCAUACGUGGGGGCACGAGACAGGAGGGGGAGGACUGCCCUUCAUUUUCUUGCAGACUACAUUUAUGGCGAGGACAACAUAAAGUUGCUGCUGGAAGCUGGAGCAGAUGUGGAGGCACGGGAUUCGAAUGGUAGGACUGCGCUGCACUAUGCAGCUGCAGUUACUCGGUCACAUAAGCAAAGCAUAGAGUGUCUGCGUCAGGCUGGUGCGCGAGUGGAUGCGAGGGACAGGUGGCUCCAAAUACCUCUGCAUUGUGCCGUGCAGGCUGACAAUCUGGAAACUGUUAAGGAGCUUUUGGCAGCCUCCAGUGACGUGAAUGCUGCUGAUGUAUAUGGGAACACACCACUACACCUGGCGGCACAGAGGGGCAACGCAAAUGUGGUAAAGGCACUGUUGGACCUGAGAGCGGAAAAGGAUGCCGAGAACAGCUUGAGAGAGACACCUCUGGAUGUGGCCAAGAAGUGUAAUAAUAAUCAGCUGUUAGCCAUUCUUAGCUGACUCCGCACAGUGCCAUUUUGUGUUGAAGGUGCGAAUUAAUUUUGCACCUGAAGCUUCUUGGCAGAUUAAAACUGUGUGCCAGUUCGAGACUCGAACUCAGGACAUUUGACUUUUGCGUGCAAGUACUCUACCAACGGGAAUAUUACACCUUUUUGGACUGAUUUUGUCACCGUGGAAUGGGGAGCUUCCUGGAUGUGCCUUGUGCCUAUUAGCAUAUGCAUGUAAAGAGAGGAAAAAAUUAUGUCUUUUUAAAUAUUUUACAUUUAUUAAAAGAGCUACAAAAUUAA